GUGUGCCUGGGGAAGUUUGACGCGAUGCACCGGGGACACCUCGCGCUCGCCGAGCGGGCGGCGACGAGGGGCGACGUCGUCGUGGUGUCGUUUUCGGGGAUGGCGGAGACGUUGGGGUGGGAAACGCGGUUGCCGAUCACGGCGCCGAGCGAUCGAUCGCGCGUGUUGGCGAUGUGGAGCGGGACGACGGGCGCGGCGGUGAGCGAGCACGCGUUGGCGUUCGGCGACGUGCGAGAGCUGUCGCCGGAGGCGUUCGUGGAGAUGUUGGCGCGAAUGGGCGUCGGUGCGGUGGUGACUGGGAAAAAUUAUAGGUUUGGUUACAAAGCGGCGGGAGACGUCGAGGCUUUGAAGAGGUUUGGCGAGGCGAACGGGCUGACGGUGGACGUCGUGGAUUUGGUGCCGGCGCGGCGACCCUCGUCGGCGGGCCUAGGUGACCAAGUGAGCAGUUCGCGCAUCAGAAGCGCGCUGAGCGCCGGUGAUAUCGACGAAGUGAACGAAAUGUUAGGCCGUGAGCACAGAGUGGUG